CAUUCCGGGCUACUUUCAAGAUGACAGAAGAAAAGAGUGUUCGGCAUGUAAAGCUGGUAAUUGGCCAGCUUCCGUGGGAUUUGAUGUCACCUUUAGAUUGGUUCAACUGAAGAUGGAAACACUGGAGUCUGAGCUGACCUGCCCGAUCUGCCUGGAGUUGUUUGAAGACCCCCUGCUCUUGCCCUGUGCCCACAGCCUGUGCUUUAACUGCGCCCACCGCAUCCUGGUGUCUCACUGCUCCACCAGCAAGCCCCUCGAGUCCAUUUCUGCCUUUCAGUGCCCCACUUGUCGUUACGUCAUCACGCUGAAUCACCGCGGCCUGGAGGGCCUUAAGCGCAAUGUGACGCUGCAGAACAUCAUUGACCGCUUUCAAAAGGCCUCCCUUAGCGGCCCCAACUCCCCCACCGAGAGCCGCCGCCUGCAGCCGCAGCGGCCCUACACCGCCACCAUUAGCGGUACAAUAGCUGGAACAAUUGGCGGCGGCGGUGGUGGCACAAGUGGAAGCAGUGCCCGCGGCAGCCCGGCCACUUCCAGCCACUCCCACCCGCACGCCAACCACACCAAUCACGCCAACCACACCAACGCGAACCACAGCCCGGCUGUCGUUGCUAAAAUGGAUCCACGCAUCAGCUGCCAGUUCUGCGAGCAGGAUCCGCCGCGUGAGGCCGUCAAGACGUGUGUCACGUGCGAGGUGUCGUACUGCGACCGCUGCCUGCGCGCGACACACCCCAACAAGAAGCCGUUCACCAGCCACCGCCUGGUGGAGCCGGUGCCAGACACGCACAUCCGCGGGCUGACCUGCCUGGAGCACGAGAAUGAGAAGGUCAACAUGUACUGCAUGGUGGAUGAUCAGCUCAUUUGUGCCCUCUGCAAGCUGGUGGGGCGCCACAGAGAGCACCAGGUGUCCUCACUCACUGAACGCUUUGAUAAACUCAAGGCUUAUCAGGUGAGCCCGGGCAGAGUGUCAGAUGCGGUAAUGGAGGCUUCAAAGACAAGCGCUGCGCAAACCCUGGAGAACAACCUGACCAACCUCGUGAAGAGGAACAGUGAACUGGAGAACCAAAUGGCCAAGCUGAUCCAGAUCUGUCAGCAGGUUGAGGUGAACACAGCCAUGCAUGAAGCCAAGCUGGUGGAGGAGUGUGAUGAGCUGGUGGAGAUCAUCCGCCAGAGAAAACAGGUCAUCGCUGUGAAGAUCAAAGAGUCCAAGGUGAUGAAACUGCGUAAGUUGGCUCAGCAGAUUGCAAACUGUCGCCAGUGUCUGGAGCGCUCCAGCGCCCUCAUCACACAAGCCGAGCAGAGCCUGAAGGAGAACGACCACGCUCGCUUCCUCCAGACCGCCCGAAAUGUAGCAGAAAGGGUUGCCAUGGCGACAGCCUCCUCCCAGGUACUCAUUCCUGACGUCAACCUGAAUGAGGCGUUUGACAACUUUGCCCUGGACUUUUCCCGGGAGAAGAAGAUUUUGGAGGGGCUAGAUUAUUUAACGGCUCCCAACCCACCAUCCAUAAGAGAUGAGCUGUGCACCGCCUCCCAUGACACCAUCACUGUCCACUGGACGUCAGAGGAUGAGUUCAGCGUCACCUCCUACGAGCUGCAGUACACCAUCUACACCGGCCAGACAAAUUUCAUCAGUUUGUACAACUCAGCAGACAGUUGGAUGAUCGUACCAAACAUCAAGCAGAACCACUACACGGUGCACGGCUUGCAGAGUGGCACCCGUUAUAUCUUCUUUGUCAAGGCUAUCAACCAGGCAGGAAGCCGCAACAGUGAGCCAGCCCGCCUCAAAACCAACAGUCAACCCUUCAAGUUGGACCCUAAGACGGCCCACAAGAAGCUGCGUCUGUCCAACGACUGUCUGACCAUGGAAAAGGACGAGAGCUCGCUGAAGAAGAGCCACACCCCGGAGCGGUUCAGCGGAACAGGCUCCUAUGGCGCAGCUGGUAAUGUCUUCAUUGACAGCGGUUGCCACUACUGGGAGGUUUUGCUAGGAGCGUCCACAUGGUAUGCCAUCGGCGUGGCUUACAAAUCAGCCCCGAAAAACGAAUGGAGCGGCAAGAACUCGUCCUCAUGGGUGUUCUCACGCUGCAACAACAACUUUAUGGUGCGCCACGAUGGCAAGGAGAUGCUGGUGGAGGCAAGCCUGCAGCUAAGGCGGUUGGGUGUCCUGCUGGACUAUGACAACAAUUCACUGUCCUUCUACGAUGCCAUGAACUCCCAGCACAUUCACACCUUUGAAAUCUCCUUUCUCCUGCCUGUUGUACCCACUUUCAUGAUCUGGAACAAGUCGGUCAUGAUACUCUCAGGGCUACCCGUCCCCGACUUUGUCGAUGGUGUGGCCUCCGAUCUUCAAGAGCAGCAUCAGCAGCAGAUGGGCCUGUGCCGACAAGAGUCACCGUACUUGACGGGGAUGAAGACCUGCCACUGAGAAAGGCUCAUCAAUGGCCUAGCAGAGUCCACUCAGGCCCGGUGACUGAAAGGUUAAUUGGGAGCUGAAAGGCAUUGACAGUUUGACUGAGUUCUGCUCUAUCCUCUGUAUUGAGAGUGGACCAGUUACUUUCUUAUGGAUUUAGAAAGUGUUGGAAAUAUGCACACCAGUCUGGAAAAAUGUCAGUCCUGUUAGUUUGUAGCCAUCUAAUGCUCUGCAAGUCCAUCAGUGAAUGGAAACAAGGUCUGUUGACUGCAAACAUCAGUAGACCUAACAUUGAUUGGAUGCCCUAGAAUCACUGGGGGCAGGGCUGGACAUCUGGUUUUCUUGACCAUUUAAGGUCUUCCUUUCUGAUUUAUUUUCCUCGUGAUUUGAUCCCAGGCAGAAGACCAAGGAGGAAAUGCUGUCGUCACCCAUUUACAGUUUGAAGUUACAACAUGUGAACAGUGAGAUUACAUAAUGUCUCACCUGAGGCAUACUUUUGUCAGAUUAAGGUUAAGUGAUAUGUCAAGUUGUCUAAAUUUGACAAAAACCUAAUUGAAUUUGACACAUUUUAUAUUUGAGCAGAAUUAGCAGUAAAAGUAAUGAUUUACACUUAUGUUAUUUGCUUCCUUAUUGAGAGUUAGAUGAGUAGAUCAAUACCACUCUCAUGUAUGCUAAAUAUGAAGCUAGAGCCAGCAGCCAGGUUAGCUAAAGAAUGAAAGGACUCCAGGGUGAUAGUUCCAGCACAUUUCUUCUUGUAAAACCACAAAGCGUGGAUUUUAAAUUUCUCUUUUUUUCAUGGAUUAAAUAAACUAGAUAGAAUAUGUAAAUCUGUGAUCUUUAGAGACGCUUUCUUACCUUUGGACAGAGCAAGUCUAGCUGUAUCCCCUGGUUUAUGGUCUUUGUUCUAAGCUAACUGCCCACUGGCUAUAGACAUGAGAGUGGUACUGAUCUUCUCAUCUAACUCUCGGCAAGAAAGCAAAACAGCUAACAGCAUGUCCCUUUUAUUCCUUUAAAUGUGUAUGUCCUCUUUGAGUUCACUUUACCGUGUGAGCUAGAUGCCGCCAUCUUGCUAGUGCAAAUACAUGCUAGCUGUGGGCUUUGUGUCUUGCAUUACAACAGAGCAUGUUACAAAUCUUCCGGUGUCACUGUUCACGUGUUGUACCCUCAGCAGCUAUAAGUGGUCGUUGCUAAAGUUUUUGACACAGCAGUCCUGUUUGUGUUGCUUCCAAAUUUCAGGAAGUGUUAGCGUUACUCCCAGAUAUUAACAAGAUCGCAGGCGGUAGAUUUGCAUCACGUGACUACUCGACUUGUAUAAUAAGAGGUUUAUUGAUUAUUAGAGGAAAAAGUGUUAUUUAUGACAAAAAAGAUGGUUUACUUUUAUUAUUAAUGUCAACAUAUUCAUGAUGCACUUUUUAAUUAACACUAUUUCCCCUCUAUGAGUAUGAGAGUAGAUGAAGCAGGAAUGCAAUGGGGAGGGAAAGUGACAACUGGCACAACUGCUGGUUGUGGUUACUCCUCUGAAAAUCUACAUUACCUUAUUUUCAUACUCAUAUCUGGAAAAUGAUUUAUUCUCAAUGAUAAAUGAUGGUUACAGGAUAUUAACCACAAUGAAUAAAGUUUAUUGCAAUGAAACACUGUUGAAAAUAUUUUUUGUUUUGCUAACACCUAUCUGGUCACUCAGAGCACUUUGCAAUACAACAAAAGCCCCUGAUGUAAAGUUAAAAAGGUUUUUUCACUGUGCGUUGAACACAGCCAGUGACUUUCCCUCCUCGUGGCUCUGUUCGAUAACAUACAGUAACUUUAUCUUGUUUAGAAAAGGGAUGUGAUUAUGAUGAUGUUAAUGCGAUUUUUAUCAUGAUGAAAUGAUAAACUAAUUUGCUGUUUUCAAAAAAAGUUCACUCUGUUGUUGACUAUUCAGGGAAGGAGGGAGUUAAUACUUUAACUUGCUGUCUGUCGCUAUGUCAUGGCAUGAUUGUGUUUUCCUCUGUGAUUCGUUAACACACACACACACACACACACACAAACCGACACACACGUCAUGUUUUGUUUAAGUUGGCCUUGUCGUGAUAAAUGCAUGAAACAUUGUAGGAUCCCACACAGGUUCACUGACUUUAAGUAGCUCACAGAAUCUUGUUUUUCAUCAGAUACUGACUCACCUACACGUUUGCUUCCAACAGAAUUGACCUCGAACUCUUUUUGUGGCCCAUCACUAUUCAAGUAACAGCUGUAGCUGGAGCCAUUGAUUUCUUCUUUUUUUUUGGAUUUGAAGGCGUAGUGCGGGUGACAGUUUCAGGUAGCGGCUCUGAUUCAGACAAUCAAAUAUGUAACAUAGUUUAUGCAGAUUUAAGAGGUUGUGGGGCAGGGAACAGUAGUGAGGGACUGUGACAAAGUGACACUUGAGGCUGUGUUGAAAAAAGCUGAUGUUUUACGUACUAUGUUGUUAGAUUCAACAUGAAUAAUCUGACACUUCAUGGCCAUUUUCACUCUUUUUACACAUCACCAGGUAUGUACUUAAUGUUGAAUGUCAUGUAACAUUUGUAUUGACAGACUAUGAUUUGCUUAAACACAUUGAUUUCUAUCAUUUGCUCCAAAUUGUGGUUACUUAUUGAUGAGUUCAAGCGAAGAUGCAGUGAUAUAAAACUCUUAGCUAUGGAAAAGUAGUGAAAAUCGUACAUGGCAUGGCCUCCAUGUGUACCUUUCAACCUGCAGUGUUCAUUUAAGGUAACUGUGUGGUGGGUCAUUCAUGAUUGUUUGAUGGAGGGAUUGAUUGUCUGACAUAAUCCACCUCUCAAAGGUAACACAGGAGGAUCUCUGGUAUGGAGGGAGAGGGGACAUUUCUUUCUGUCAGGGAGAUCAGUGAAUGUUACCUGACUUCCAGAUAUCCACCCAUCUUGUUGAAUAAUGUCAGUCACAGGCCCGAAACGGCCAUGUGUUGAUUUGUGAUCCAGACUGACACGCUCAACUCAUCUGUGCAAGUGUGCUUGGCUGGGUCACUGCAUGAUUAUGUGACCUUGCUGCAGGUUCAUAACUCUUUCCUUAUCUUCAUGAUGGGGUUUCUUAUCUUGUGUCAAACAUAUUCUUUUUUAUUUUGCAAAAAAAAUAAACCAUGACAAGAACACAGACAUGAAAUGUUCAUUGCCAUGCAUAUCAGAUAGUUUGCAGUGCUCUUUCUUUCUUUGUGUCACAAGUCAAUACAGUAAAAUAUAUACAGUGAAUGAUUUUCAAUAGCUACCCACUCCUUGUAGUGCAGUGUAAUACCCUAGAGACAAUGCAAUAGAUUCUCCUCUUUGCUUUUCUGUUUGUGUAACUUGGGAAAUUAUUUUUUACAACUCAUGAGAAACACACUCCUCUCCUUUUGGCAUUUGGACCUUGAUAAACAGCACAAAAAGAGCAGCAUUGCAUUCAUGCAAGGCUUUCUGUUUGCAUAGAUAUGAGACAUAAUUUUAGCCAGAGAGGAAUGUAAAUCAUAGGGGGAAAAUAUAUAUUAUAUAAAGUUGUAUAAUAUACAAAAUAUAUAUGAACCAAUGUUAUUUAUGUGAAUUUAAGUCCAAUUAAA